CAAUCGGCCAUUUUGUCGGUGCAGGCCAUCAGCCGCAGAGGGCAGAGGGGCGUUAUUGUAUUUGCUGGUUACCUGAAAGGCACAUCAAGAACAUCGCAAUAUGAGUGAUCAAGUUGUUUCAUUCGCCAAGGAUUUCUUGGCCGGUGGUAUUUCCGCUGCCAUCUCCAAAACAGCCGUCGCCCCUAUCGAAAGAGUGAAGCUUCUCCUUCAGGUCCAGCAUGCCAGUAAGCAGAUCACAGCUGACAAGCAGUACAAGGGUAUCAUGGACUGCGUUGUCCGUAUCCCCAAGGAGCAGGGAGUCCUUUCCUUCUGGAGAGGUAACCUUGCCAAUGUCAUCAGAUAUUUCCCCACCCAGGCCCUCAACUUCGCCUUCAAGGACAAGUACAAGAAGAUCUUCCUUGAUGGCGUUGACAAGCGCACGCAGUUCUGGAGGUACUUUGCUGGUAACCUGGCCUCUGGUGGUGCUGCCGGAGCCACCUCCCUCUGUUUCGUGUAUCCCCUCGACUUCGCCCGUACCCGUCUGGCAGCUGAUGUGGGAAAGGCCGGAGCUGGGAGAGAGUUCACAGGUCUCGGUGACUGCCUGGUUAAGAUCUUCAGGUCUGAUGGUUUGAAAGGAUUGUACCAGGGCUUCAAUGUGUCUGUGCAGGGCAUCAUUAUCUACAGGGCUGCAUACUUCGGCAUCUAUGACACAGCUAAGGGUAUGCUUCCAGACCCCAAGAACACCCAUAUAGUGGUGAGCUGGAUGAUUGCGCAGACUGUGACAGCUGUUGCUGGCCUGACUUCAUACCCCUUCGAUACUGUCCGUAGACGUAUGAUGAUGCAGUCCGGACGCAAAGGAGCUGAAAUCAUGUACAGUGGGACCAUUGAUUGCUGGCGCAAGAUCGCACGCGAUGAGGGUAGUAAGGCUUUCUUCAAGGGAGCCUGGUCCAAUGUGCUCAGAGGCAUGGGCGGCGCCUUCGUGCUGGUGUUGUACGAUGAGCUGAAGAAGGUCAUCUAAUUCUUCACAUUGUCACAUCACUGUCCAAUUUGGCUAAAUGUAAUAACUUUCCAUUUCUACGGACUCUGCGUUCUGCCUUAUUUAUGGGAACAAACGUCUCACCAAUACUGAGAGAUGGCUGUACGUUGUGCAUCUUUGAUUUUAAACGUUCCACACCCUGUUUACCAAUGUCAUUCCUGUUUAAAAAGAAAAAUGAUACCUCCUCCUGUCAUUCACUAGGUUUGUAUGGUCCCAACUUGAAUAAAUUUAUUGUGGGGAACAAACUAAACAA